UUGAUCACGUGUUUGUGUGUUUGUAUUAUAAAAUAUAAAAUAAUAAAGGGUUCCUAGGUUUGUGAUACUGUGAACUGUGAUUCCAUAAAUAAUUGGUCUCGUAAGCUUUCCCCUCAUAUUGUUUAAUAUAAUUAUGGCGUUUAUAAUUCCCGACAAUAUAUUAGAGACAUUAACUUGUACUUUUUGCCAUAAAUACUUAUCGGUAAAACCCAUAAUAGUUUAUCCAAAUAGAGAUGUAGGAUGUGGUCGAUGUGCAAAGAUCAAAAAACAAAAAAACGGUGGAGCAGGUGUUGAAUCCCUAUAUGGAAAAAUAGCUGACAAGUGGUUAUUUAAAUGUAUUAACAGAUUUGAUGGAUGUCGUGAAUUGCUAACAUGUUCUCAAGUUCCCGAUCAUGAACAGGUAUGCUCGGAAAAAAUUCACAUGUGUCCAAUUUGUUAUGAAGAAAUGACGGGGUUUCAGAUGCUUCAACACUUCCAUUCCAACCAUAAGGAUGCAAUAUUGGAUUGUCCUGCCUUUGUUUUCAACUUAUAUGAUCAUUCAGAAAUGCCUAGUACUUAUAUAUAUCAAGAAGGAGAUAAUUUAUUUUUCUUAUAUAUUAGCUAUAGUAAAUCAGAAAAUACAAUAAAAUUAGAAUUGGUUUAUAUGGGGAGUAAUAAAGUAGCUUCAAACAUAUAUCACCAGUUUACCGUAACUAGCGAAAACAAAGAAUUUUUUAUUAACUUUAGCUCAAAACCUUCAUGUGCUAAUGAGUUUUCCCUUGGGGAUACAUCAAAUAUGUCAGGUUUAAUAUAUAUUAAAUUUAAGAUAAUUUAUCAAAACUUAAAGUUUUGCACUAUAACUGAAAAUGAGAAUUCAUCGUCAUCCAGCAUCAAUAAUUCUUUAAAAAAAUUGAAAGUCAAUAAGGAGGAAACAAACCAAAUUAUUGAAUUUUCCCCAGAAUGUAAUCCACAAUGUUUUAUCUGUAAAGAAAUUUGCAUCUUUUCCUUUUAUGACACCCGUACCAUAGACUAUUAUUACAGUCCUAUAUAUCACGAUUUUAUUUGUUUUUAUUGCUUUCAGUGGUUAACCUGUAAAGAUAAAAUUAAAGAGUUUCAUUUUUACGUGAAACAUUCGAUUCCAUCAACUUUUCGAUCACGUUUUUGCAAAUGGGAUUGUGGUAAAGAUUUCAAGUUUUCAGAAAUAGUACCACAUGAAAUAUUCUGUGAAAAGAGAACUCAGUAUUAUGAUUGUCCUGUCCAAAAUUGCCAAUUUCAAAGUUUUGCUUCACCACUAUCGAAUCAUUUGAAAACAGAUCAUGAUUAUAAGGUAUAUGCUUCUUUCUUUCAAAUCACCAAGCUGCCAAUAAAGUGUUUCCUCUUCGUAGAAGAUCAGAUUAUACAUUUUCAGCUAACGGCUCAAAAUGAGUAUAAUAUGGAAUGCAAUAUAGUAUCAAACGAUCAUAAAAUAAAAUCAGAAUGGAAACCACAUGUGCUCUUUUUUAACGGACAGAAACUUACACCACUAGUAAACCUUCCCAAUACUUCCAGUACUAAUCUCUCCUUUAGCGCUACACCACUAGUAAACCAUCCUAAUACUUCUACUACUAAACAGUCCCUAAGCGCUACACCUAUAGCAAACCAUCCUAAUACUUCCAGUGCUAAACUCUCCUCUCUCGUUACAGCAACAGUAAACUUUCCUAAAUCUUCCAAUAAUAAUCCCACCUUUGCACUUUCCAAUAGUUCCAGUACUAUUCUCUCCUCUAACGCUCCACCACUAGGAAACCUUCCUGAAACAUCCAAUCCUAAUGCCGUCUUUGGUCUUCCCAACACUUCCAGUACUAAUCUCUUCUUUAGCGCUACACCAAUAGUAAACCUUCCUAAAACUUCCAAUCCUAAUCCCGCUUUUGCCCUUCCCAAUAGUUCCAGUACUAAUCUCUCUUCUAGCAAUACACCAGCAGUAAACCUUCCGAAAACUUCCAAUCCUAAACCCGCCUUUGCCCUUCCCAAUACUUCCAGUACUAAUCUCUCCUCUAGCACUACACCAGUAGUAAACCUUUCUAAUACUUCCAGUACGAAUUUCUCCUUUGACGGUACACCACUAUAUGAUAAAAUCGUUUUUGAAAAUAUAUAUUCCAAUCUCUCCUGGACAGCGAAGAUUGUUUUAGUGAAAAAUGAAUGACAAAAUAUCAAUUGCAUGUGCCUAUAUAUGACAUUCAUACUACAUUUUUUCAAAAUAAUCAUGUUAGGUUGAAGUAAAAAGUGUAAAAAAUAAAUAAAAAUAAAAAACAAUAUUUUAUUUUA